UCAGUUUGACGAAAAUCGUUGCUUCGAACGAACGGAUUAUCCAGCUAACCAAAGAGCAAGCCGAACAGAAGCCAGCACCAUGAACUGUCUAUCCGCGAUGUUCAAGUACUUGCUGUACUUGCUGAACCUGGUGUUCGUGGCCGGUGGCGUCUUGCUCAUCGUGGUGGGCUCCAUCAUGCUCUCCACGAUGGGCAACUUUACAGCCUUCGACGGAGGCGUUAGCACCAAGACCAUCCCGAUCUGCAUUAUCGUCAUCGGAUGUGUCACCUUUGUGGUGGCCUUCUUUGGAUGCUGCGGCACCAUUCGCGAGAACGCCUGCUGCACCACCAUUUACGCCAUCUGCAUGCUGACUCUGUUCGGCCUCCAACUGGCCCUCUCCAUUUGGAUCUUCGCGGCCAACGACAAAUUCUUGACUAGCAUGGGCAAAGUAGUGGACAAGGCCUGGGAUGAGAACAAUGCCGCCCAGGGGUACCCCAUGGAUGCCCUUCAAUUGGCCUUCACUUGCUGUGGCAACUCGGGAUACCAACAGUAUGAUGCCGUGCCCAGCUCCUGCUGCGGUUACAAGGAUCGCAACAAGGUGUGCGAAGAGGCAAUCUACACCCAGCGACCUGGCUGCCAGACGGAGUUCGUCGACUUCUGGGCCUCUAAUACGGACCUCAUCCGGUGGAGCAGUCUGAUCAUCGCCCUCUUCGAGCUGGGCAUCUUCAUCAUGUCCUGCUGCCUGGCCAGCGCGAUGAGGAAGCGCUAGAACCAAAGACUGACACAACUCCUAGCUAUAGCCCAGUUCCUAUCAUAAAUCCAGAACACAAAUUCCUCACUCGCCGUAAAUAAACCGGAAUAGGUUAAGCCCAAUGAAA